UUUAUUCUUCUUUCUGGUCCGUUCCUCUCUCUCUCUCUCUCUCUCUCUUUCAUUUCCCUGCUUGCCGUUCUUUCUAGUCUCUCCCUCUGUCCACAGCCCCACCCCUCACAGCCCCAAACCCUAGACCUCUCCUUCUCUAUCCAUCUCUUUCUUCAGUUUUAUCAUCUAGAUUUUAAUUUUCCGUCCGAAUUUUCCCGACAAAAUUGAAAGGAAAAGAAGUAAUUAGUCGAAUUGAAAAAGAUUUCCCGGAGGAGAGAAUUGUGGAAAUGGCGACAUCUUCUAUCACCAGCACGGUGUAUAUCCACGUCAUCGAAGACGUCAUCAACAAGGUACGCGAUGAGUUCAUCAGCAACGGCGGGCCUGGCGAGAGUGUCCUCAAUGAACUCGAAGGAAUUUGGGAGAUGAAAAUGAUGCAAGCGGGUGUAAUAUGCGGUCCAAUAGAGAGGUCAUCAGCUUCUAAGCCGGCACCUGGUGGUCCUAUCACUCCAGUACACGACCUUAAUGUACCUUAUGAAGGGACUGAGGAGUAUGAGACUCCUACUGCUGAGAUACUCUUCCCUCCCACACCACUUCAAACCCCCAUUCCAACACCACUGCCAGGAAGUGUGCAAACACCUUUACCAGGAAACGUGCAGACACCUUUACCAGGAAAUAUGCAGACACCAAGUGUGGACAACUCCUCUAUGUAUAACGUUCCUACUGGACCUACUAGUGAGUAUCCCACCCCUGUAAGCGAUACUGGUGGCAGCAUCGAGGCAAAGUCUGGGAGGCCUAGCCCUUACAUGCAACCUCCUUCUCCUUGGAUGAAUCAGAGGCCUUCUCUUGAUGUUAACGUUGCUUAUGUGGAAGGGCAGAAUGAGACAGACAGAGUAGCCUCUCAGCAACCGCGAACGCAGGAUUUCUUCAUGAUGUCUUCUGGAAAACGCAAGCGUGAAGAUUUUGGUACACAAUAUAACAAUGGUGAAUUCAUACCCCAGCAGGAUGGAGCUGGGGAUGCUCCCUAUGAGGCUUUGCAGGCAAGCCAAGGGAAUGGUGCCCUUGGUAGACAUGACAUGAUCACCAAUGCAAAUAUAUCGAUCUUAUCGCAUGCAACAAGGCAGGCUUUGAAGAUUCCUCAACUGGAUGGGCCCAUACCUGAUCCUUAUGAUGAUGUGCUUUCAACUCCCAAUAUAUACAAUUAUCAGGGAGUUGUUAAUGAAGAUUACAACAUUGCGAACACGCCAGCUCCUAAUGACCUACAAGCAGGCACUCCUGCUGUUGCUACUCAAAAUGAUGCUGGAGAUGAUGACGAUGAUGAUGAGCCGCUGAAUGAAGACGAUGAUGAUGAUGAUGAUUUGGAUGAUGUGGAGCAAGGAGAGGAUAUGAACACACAUCAUUUGGUUUUGGCUCAAUUUGAUAAGGUUACUCGUACCAAGAGCCGGUGGAAAUGCACGCUCAAGGAUGGCAUCAUGCACAUAAACAAUAAGGACAUUCUCUUUAAUAAGGCAACAGGAGAAUUUGACUUCUGAUUUUGUGAGAGAAAAUGUCUGUGUCAUCAUGUAGCAUUUGCUUUAAAAGAGCAAAUUCUAAGGUAUCAUUGGGUGUUCCAUAAUUUUCUUUAAUUGUUAAGUGCGAUCGCGGAAGUAACUGAGAUGCUUGGUUUAAUGUCUACUGAAGACCAUGUUGGAUGGAUGGCCUACUGUACAUAAAAGAAGAGCUUUUUCAGCCUUGUAAUGGAUGGCAACUCGAGGAGUCUCUUGAAGUUCACUUCUAAUGAAAUUUGUAAUCCUAUUUAUACUGUACACCUGGAUAUAUCUUAGGAAUUUCAUUUUUUUAAUGCUUAUUUCUCUUCAGCUUGAGCUGUGAAAACAACUUUGUGCUUUAUUCUGUGUCAGUUGAUUGGCGAAUUGUGUAUUGUUGGAAAAUCGGUCAAAAUUUUGUUUUAAUCCUA